AUGGAUGUAAUUCUUGCAGUCCAAGAAUACAUUAAUAAAAUGUUAUCAAAUAUUCAAGGAAUGAAAGUUUUGGUUUUAGAUAAAGAAACGGCUGGUAUUGUCAGUAUGGUAUACACACAAUCUAAAAUUCUUCAAAAAGAAGUUUUUCUCUUUGAAAAAAUAGAAAAUGAAAAGGAAAAAAUGUUACAUAUGAAGGGUGUCUAUUUUUUAAGACCAACCGAAACAAAUAUCAAUUACAUCAAAGAUGAAUUAAAAGAUCCAAAAUAUAACAAAUAUCAUAUCUUUUUUACAAAUACUAUAUCAUCUAUUGCUUUGGGAGAAAUUGCAAAAGCAGAUGAACAAGAUGUUGUUUCAGAGGUUCAAGAAUUUUUUGCAGAUUUCUAUGCAGCUAAUCCAGAUACAUUCACAUUAAAUUUACCAGGUAUGCUCACAAAAAGAUCCCCAUAUUGGAUGAAUAAUUCAAAUAGACUUAUCGAUGGAUUGUUUUCAAGUUUAUUGGCAUUAAAAAAGAAGCCAUAUAUUCGUUAUAGUGCCAAUUCAGAUACAACUCGUUAUGUUGCCGAAAAAAUUGCAGAUAAAAUGAAUGAAAAUCGUGAUCUCUUUGAAAUUAGAAGACAAAAAGGUGAAUACGAUUCCUUACUUUUAAUCCUCGACCGUAAAGAUGAUCCAAUCACCCCACUUCUUCAUCAAUGGACCUAUCAAUCUAUGAUUCACGAAUUAUUAACAAUUAGCAACAAUAGAGUUAGUUUAGCAAAAGCCCCAAAUAUCAAAGAAGAUCUUAGAGAAGUUGUUUUAUCUUUAGAUCACGAUGCUUUUUACAAAGAUAAUCUUUAUAAGAACUUUGGUGAUCUUGGUGCCUCAAUUAAAGACUUGGUCGAUCAAUUACAAGAAAAAAUGAAUACAAAUCAAAACAUUCAAACUAUUGAUGAUAUGAAGAAAUUUAUUGAAGAAUACCCAGAUUUCCAAAAAUUCUCAACUACAGUUUCAAAACAUGUUGCAUUGAUGGAUGAACUUUCUAGAUUAAUUUCAAUUUCAAAUCUAAUGGAUGUUUCUGAAAUUCAACAAGAAUUAGCAUGCAAUCAUGAUCAUAAUAAUAUUUAUCAACACAUUUUAGAAUUUAUUGAAAAUCCAAAAAUUUCAAAUCAAGAUAAAUUAGUAAUUGUACUUUUAUAUAGUAUUAGAUAUGAAGAUGGUAAUGUUUGGGAAUUAAAAGAAAGACUUUCAAGAAUUGGUAUUUCACCAAAAGAUAUUCAGUUAAUAGACGUAUUAAAAAUGUAUGCAGGUAAAAAUUCACGUGAAGGUGAUUUAUUGGGUACUAAAAAUAUCUUCUCAUUUGCCAAGAGUGUUGUAAAACGUGGUUUACAAGGUGUUUCAAAUAUUUAUACUCAACAUAAACCAUUGUUACAUGAUAUUUUAGAUAGCAUUUUAAAAAACAAGUUAAGUCCAUCCUAUUUAUCACUUUCAACCAACCCACCAAGAGAUAGACCACAAGAAAUUAUCAUUUUCAUGGUUGGUGGUAUCACUUAUGAAGAAGCCUUAACCGUCUACACCUUUAACUCAUUAAAUGUCGGUGUUUGUCGUGUUAUUUUAGGUGGUACCACAAUUUUAAAUUGUCCUCAAUUUUUAGAUGAUCUUUCUGCUCUCCAACAAUCAAAUAGAAGAUAA